AGACAUCCGACUUUUCGGUUAUUGGACCAAGAUUCUUAUUGACAAAUUCGGGCGCCAUAAAUCCGCGUGUUCCAGCAAAUGAGAUGGGAUCACAAUGUACUAAACCAAAAUCUGCAAGUUUAAACAACGGUUGAUUUGUUUCUUUCACCAGGAUAUUGGCCGGUUUUAAGUCUCGAUGUAUCAACUGCUCAUGGUGGAGCUCUUUCAAACCUUCUGCUAUUUGUCAGAAUAUUUCUGAUAUUUGAGGGACUGUUAUUAUAUGUUUCAUUCGACCAACAUAUGUUUCGAGAUCACUGACAAGUUUCUCCAUAAUCAACUAAUACAUAUUUGCUUCUGUUUCACUCUUCUUGACACCGUAAUAUUCCACGAUAUUCGUAUGACAAAGGCUCUUCAUGUAGGCUCUUCAUAGUUUUCUUAUAACUAUGUCCAGACGUUGAGGAUGUGGAGUUAACAGCACUGUCGUACUCGACGAGUACGAAUAAAUGUACGAACAACAUUUAUUCUGCAUGUAUCAAUAAUGACUUUGAAAAAGUCAAACGACUUUUAGAAACAAUGACCAUUGUACAAAUAAAUGAAAAAAAUGAAAACGGUGAUACGGUACUUCAUCUAGCCACACGCUAUGGUCAUACAAAUAUUAUUCAGUUAUUACUGGAGAAAGGCGCAUGGCGGUCAAUUCGUAAUGCAAAUAGUAUUACAGCAUUUGAAGAAAUAGUAAAACCUCAACCAGCGCUUGAUGAGUUUGACGAUGACGAUGUAGCACGCUAUGAGAAUGAAGAACUACAGUACGAAACUGCAAAACGUGUAUUCGAACGUGUUGGCGAACACAAUCGAUUCAUCGGUGAUUGUGCCGCAGAUU